GUGAUACAUAUAGGAUAGAUUUAAAGAUAAGCAUUUCAAACGCACCAGAUGCACGAAUCGAUUAUUCUAGGUUCGUAAUCGUAGAUAAGAAAGGACCAAUCUCUCUGCUCCCUCUCUCCACAAAUCCACGCAUAUUCGCUCAAUCGACUGCUCCUCACUCCUAAUUAGCUGUUGCUGGAGGCUCUGCUUAAUAUAUUUCUAAAGCUAGUUUCCUUUGCAUGUAUCUUUCCCUGUUUCAGAGAGGCUGUUAAUUUAGAUGGAGCAUGUUUCCCGCUCUAUGGACUUUCCAGUACGUGGGGUGCAUAUGGAAAUAGUACCAAACAUGUCAAACUAUCACGAAUCACAGCAUUUUAAUGUGUCAAUGGAUCAAAUGAGUUUUCUGGAGCCAGUAUCAUAUGAUUCUGAGUUCAAUACUGUUAUGAUGGCAAACAACAAUGCCGGACAUGGGCAAUCUACAGAUGGUAGUGUGGAGUCAAGCUCCAUCUUUUUGUCAAAUCAGCCCGGACUUGAUGAUGCAACUAUGCUGGAUAGUAUCACAGGGCCAGUGGAAAGGAAGGCUGAGAUGGAACACACAUUAAACAGUUCUGUUUCUCUGCAGACGCAGUUGCCUAGUGAGCGCUCAGUAAAUCUCGGAGCUGGUAAUAGACCCCUUGGGUCUGUGCAACCAUCGGAAUCCCAAAGGCAACCUGGACCGGUGCAGCACAGUCUAGGUUCUCCUGGUUCACAGGCUCAAUCUGCAUCAAGUAAAAGAAAGGUACGUCCUGAGUCUAUUGGUAAAUCUGGCUUACAACGUGGACGGCCUCCGAAGAAGCAAACUGCUCAAAUUGAUUCAGCAACCAAGUCUCAGCCUGAGUCAUCUGAUGCAUUAAGGUCCAAAAUGAGGGAGUCUCUGGCUGCUGCACUGGCUUUGGCAUCUCAAAAGCUAGGUAAUGUCUCAACUGGCAAGAAAGUUAAAACAGAGCAUACUGCUACACAUCAGAUGCUCGUGGGUGGCCAGUCUUUGGAGUCCAAUUCAACGAUGAGAGGUAAUGUUCCUCAUGCUGCUAAUGAGGAAGUGGUUCCUUCCCAAGGAUCAGCAUUAGGUAGUACAACAAGCGAUUUACAGGAGUUAUCUUGUAAUAAUCUUUCAAAAACAAGCAACUUUAGUGGUGCACAGAACCUGCAUGAAUUCCAGUUUAAUUCCAUUUUGCCUGAUGGCGACGUUCAAUUCAGUGACAAUAUUUUUGUUAAAGAUGAUCUUUUGCAAGGGAAUGGGCUGUCUUGGGAAUUUCAUGUUGAUGCACAGAUGGAGGAGGGGAAAGUGGAUCAAAAUGCUGAUAAGCCCCCAUCUACGGAAGUUGGAAACGAGGUAGCAAUUUUGACACCAGAGAACUUGGCUUUCAAAAUUGAAGCUCAACUGUUCAAGCUAUUUGGUGGCAUAAACAAAAAGUACAAAGAGAAGGGUAGAUCUCUUCUUUUCAACCUCAAAGAUCAGAAGAAUCCGGAACUGAGAGAAAGAGUUAUGUCUGGUGAAAUAUCGCCUGAAAGACUAUGCUCAAUGUCAGCUGAAGAGCUUGCUUCCAAGGAAUUAUCAGAGUGGCGAAUAGCCAAAGCAGAAGAAUUUGCUCAAAUGGUAGUUUUGCCUGAUACUGAAGUUAAUAUGAGGCGCUUGGUCAAGAAAACUCACAAGGGCGAGUAUCAAGUGGAAUUUGAGCAUGAUGAUGGCAUUGCUGAUGAGGUUUCUAGUGGCAGUUCUGUGAAUGUACAACGUUUACCAAAAAAGGAGAAUGGAAAUCACUCUGCCAGUCCAAGUCGUACAGAUGAAGAGAAUGUCUCUGGUCAAGGAAAAACAUCAGAAAACCUGGAAUUUUCAGGUAGCCUGGUUAUUCCUACUGAUGGAACUGAUUUAAUGCAAGGAAUGAUGGUGGAUGAAUUCAAGGAUGCGCCAUCUCUACCUCCUAUUGUCUCGUUGGAUGAGUUUAUGGAAUCCCUUAAUUCCGAACCUCCUUUUGAAAAUUUGUCAGAAGAUGCAGCGCAGAAAAUCUCACAAGCUCCUAAGGUGAGCCCGAAGGCGGUUAGAAACACCCAGGCUUCUGGUUCUCAUACAGCUUUAAUUUCUCCUGAAGAUGCUCCCUUGAAAAUCCCACGAGCUCCUAAGGUGAGCCCAAAAGUGGUUAGAAACACCCAGGCUUCUGGUUCUCGUGCAGCUUUGAUUUCUCCUGGAGAUGCUCCCUCGAGAAGGGCUGACGUUGGCAAGAAAUAUCAAGCUGAUAUGACUUUGAAAUCAAGUGGUCCAGAGAAGAAAGUUCUUCCUAGUAGUGGAUUGGAGGUUGAAUCUAUUUGGGAGGGUAUUCUUCAGUUGAAUAUAUCAUCCUUCGUUGCUGUUCGUGGUCUAUUUCAGAGUGGUGAAAAGACAUCCGCAAAGGAGUGGUCCACCUCUCUCGAGAUCAAGGGCAGAGUUCGACUCGAUGCCUUUGAGAAAUUCCUCCAGGAACUCCCAAAGUCUCGAACUCGCGCACUCAUGAUAAUCCAGUUUGUGUUGAAGGACAAAUCAUCUGAGAGUCAGCAGUCCACUAUUUCUGAGGCUGUCGAUUCGUACACCUCAGACGAGAGGCUAGGAUUCGCGGAGCCGGCGGCGGGAGUGGAGCUCUACAUAUGCCCUCCCACUCCAAGAAUUGCAGAAUUGCUAAAGAAGCACAUGCCCAAGGAAGAAGGUCGUGAGAGUGACAAUUCUAUGGAAAAUGGAAUGUUGGGUGUUGUUGUAUGGAGAAGAGCUCAUAUAAGUGUAUCACCUAAUGCAUCAUCGUAUCACAAACACACCUCGAAAAAGCAACCAUUUUUUCCUUCUAACAGGCUACAAGAUUCCUCAAAUCUUAAUAAUGUUAAUAUCCCCAAGCCAACUCGGGCCUCGGCUCCCAUGUCCAAAAACGCCUCGCGUCCGAAGCCCGAGCCCGAACCGGAGGAGGAGGAUGACGACAUCCCACCCGGGUUCGGGCCUGUGGCCGCUGCACGAGCAGCGAGGGAUGAGGAUGAUUUGCCGGAGUUCAAUUUUUCCGGUGGUUUUAACUCAUCUGCAACUAGGUUAUUACCAUCAUCACAAGCUCUACGUAGUGAUGUUAACUCGACUUCACCUACGGUAGACCACGUAAGAGAGCUUAUUAAAAAAUACGGCCAAAGUGGCGUCGCUACUCCGAGUAGAGUGGAGAGUCGAGGUCUUAGCGUCGAGCCGUGGGAGGACGAUGACGAUGAUAUUCCCGAGUGGCGGCCGGAGGCUCUGUCUCGUCUCCCCGCUCACCCGGUGGCUCGUGGUGGUAGUUCGUUGUUAGUGAACCGGCCGCCAUCGGGGGGCCUUGGGCAGCCGGCUCGAUGGCCGCGGCCUCAUCAGAACAUGAAUGGUGCGAGGUGGAGGCAGCAAUAGUUUGUAAUUUUUAGAGAAAAUAGUUUUUAGGCCUUUGCUACUUAAAAUGAUGAAAUAAGUUAUAAUUUUGAAUCUAUUUUUGCUAGUUUCAUUUCA